ACUGGAGGGAAAUCCGGCGAGCAAGUAAAGAUGCAACGAGACAAAACCGGAAGCUCUGGCGGUGCUGAAAAGCCCGACCGGGAGACCGCCAUCAUGUCCAAGUACUACGACGGAGUGGAGUUCCCUUUCUGCGACGAGUUCUCAAAGUACGAGAAGCUAGCGAAAAUCGGACAGGGCACUUUUGGGGAGGUGUUCAAGGCCAAACACAGGCAGACGGGCAAGAAGGUGGCGCUCAAAAAGGUCCUUAUGGAGAACGAGAAGGAGGGGUUCCCCAUCACUGCACUUAGAGAAAUAAAGAUACUACAGCUGCUGAAGCACGAGAACGUUGUGAAUCUCAUUGAGAUCUGCAGGACAAAAGCUACCCAGUUCAAUCGCUACAAGGGCAGCAUCUACCUGGUGUUUGACUUCUGCGAGCACGACUUGGCAGGGCUGCUGAGCAACGCCAACGUCAAGUUCACUCUCUCCGAGAUCAAGAAGGUCAUGCAGAUGCUGCUGAAUGGGCUCUACUACAUCCACAGAAACAAGAUCCUGCAUCGAGACAUGAAGGCUGCAAAUGUGCUCAUUACAAGGGAUGGUGUGCUGAAGCUGGCGGAUUUUGGCCUGGCACGGGCCUUCAGCCUCGCCAAGAAUAGCCAGGGGAACCGUUACACUAACAGGGUGGUCACACUCUGGUACCGCCCACCAGAACUGCUUUUGGGAGAGAGGGACUAUGGCCCCCCAAUUGACUUGUGGGGUGCAGGUUGUAUUAUGGCAGAGAUGUGGACCCGCAGCCCCAUCAUGCAGGGGAACACGGAACAGCAUCAGCUGACACUCAUCAGCCAGCUGUGUGGUUCCAUCACAGCUGAGGUGUGGCCCGGUGUGGACAAGAAGUACGAGCUAUACCAGAAGAUGGAGCUGCCCAAAGGACAGAAGAGGAAGGUGAAAGAAAGGCUGAAGGCCUACGUAAAGGACCCGUACGCCCUAGACCUCAUCGACAAGCUCCUGGUGCUUGACCCUGCACAGCGGAUAGAUAGUGACGAUGCUUUGAACCACGACUUCUUCUGGUCUGACCCCAUGCCUUCCGACCUGAGGAACAUGCUCUCCACACACAACACAUCCAUGUUUGAGUAUCUGGCUCCACCCAGAAGGAGGGGCCACAUGCCCCAGCAGCCAGCCAAUCAGAACAGGAACCCAGCCACCACGAGCCAGACAGAGUUUGAUCGCGUAUUUUGAUUGGAUGGGGGACUGGUUGUGAAGGAAGGAACACAUUGUGGUAGCAGUGAAACUUUAUGUAGAACUGUCCUCUUUCAGGCAGGAGGCUUGGCGUUUUACCUUACUUCCUCGAUUUUGCUGUACCAUGGUUUUCCAAUUGAUGUUGGGACCAUUCUCUGGAAGUUGGAAGGCCCUUGAGCUACACAAGCUGACUUUCUGUGUCAUGUGAUGCAUGAUCUGCUGUCUGCCCUGUAAGGUGAAUGGUUGGCUUGUGGAGAACAUUUGAGCUGCACAUGACCCCCACUUGGUAUUGCCUUUCUGAGCUACAGCAGUAUGAGGAGGUCGGUCAGGAUUGAGCAAGGAAGGAGUCUGUGUGCUGAGUUUAGCGAAAAGUCCCUUUGUUACUGCCAAUAAAUGCUUUUUUUUUUUUUUUUUUUUUUUUUUUUGA